GGCUCCUGUCUGUUGCAGGAAGUUCAAGUUGGUCUCCGGUGACGUCAUCCGCUUGUGUCACCAGCACUCCAUAAAGUCACUUUCUUCCUCUAACCCCGAACUACCUGCUUUUCCCGCAAAGAAAGACAGUAUGGCCGCCCUGUGUCGCUCGGCGGGCUUUGGCGGCGUUGGUGUGCACACAAUCAGUGGUGUGCACACAAUCAGAGGUGUGCACACAAUCAGUGGUGUGCACACAAUCAGUGGUGUGCACACAAUCAGUGGUGUGCUCACAAGCUGUGGUGUGCACACAAUCAGUGGUGUACUCACAAGCUGUGGUGUGCACACAAGCUGUGGUGUGCACACCAGCUGUGGUGUGCACACGAGCAGUGGUGCUCCUGCCAAGCAACAUUACAAAAUGCUGGUGCUGGGAGGAGGAAGUGGAGGAAUAGCCAUGGGGGCGCGCAUGAAAAGGAUGCUGGGUGCUGAUAACGUGGCGCUUGUGGAGCCCAGUGAGAUGCACUACUAUCAGCCUCUUUGGACUCUAGCAGGUGCUGGUGCUAAAAGCCUUGCUUCAUCCGGAAGGCCCACAGCAAGUGUUAUGCCCCCUGGUGUGAAGUGGGUGAAGUCUAAGGUUGAGGAAAUAAACCCGGACACAAACACUGUCCGCACUGAUGACGGGACCCAAAUCUCCUAUGAGUAUCUGAUUGUGGCACUUGGCUUGCAGCUCCAUUUUGAAAAGAUUAAAGGGCUUCCUGAAGGUUUUGAGCAUCCACAUAUUGGCUCCAACUAUUCUGUUGAAACGGUGGAGAAAACCUGGGCAGCCCUGCAGAACUUUAAAGAGGGCAACGCUGUGUUUUCAUUCCCAAACACUCCAAUUAAAUGUGCCGGAGCUCCACAGAAGAUCAUGUACCUCUCGGAUGCUUUCCUUAGAAAGACAGGAAAGAGGGCGGGGGCCAAUAUCAUUUACAACACAUCCCUGCCAGUGCUGUUUGGAGUCAAGAAAUAUGCUGAUGCUCUCUGGGACAUCGUCAAGGAACGCGACAUAAAAGUGAACCUGAGGCAGAACCUGAUUGAAGUCAGGGCAGACAAGCAAGAAGCCGUGUUUGAAAAUCUUGACAAAGCGGGCGAGACUACUGUGUUUCAGUACGAGAUGCUCCAUGUCACUCCACCGAUGGGACCCAACUCAGUCGUUAAAGGCAGCCCACUGGCAGACGAGGCUGGCUGGCUGGACGUGGACAAAGAAAACCUUCAACAUAGGAAGUACCCUAAUGUGUUUGGGAUUGGAGACUGCACCAACCUGCCCACUUCCAAAACGGCUGCUGCUGUUGCUGCACAGUCUGCUGUUCUACACCGAAGCAUCCAAAAAAUACUGAGAAAUGAGAAACCUGACAAAAAGUAUGAUGGCUACACUUCCUGUCCGCUGGUUACCAGCUACAACACGGUGGUCCUGGCAGAGUUUGACUACCACCUUCAGCCACUGGAGACGUUCCCCAUCAACCAGGCCAAGGAAAGGAGACUCAUGUACUACAUGAAAGCUGAUGUGAUGCCGCACCUCUACUGGCAGGGGCUCCUCAGGGGCCUAUGGGGCGGACCACAACCCUACAGGAAACUUCUGCAUCUUGGGAUGAAAUAAAUGAAAAGCCAUUUGCCUUCACAGACUGACAACACAUGGAAGAUGUUGCUUUAAUAUUGUUCAAUAUAACAUGAUCUCAUAUCUACACAUCACCAAGUGUGUGGCUCCCUAGUAUAUAUGUGUGUGUGUGUGUGUGUGUGGCUCAUUAGUAUAUGUGUGUGUGGCUCCUUAGUAUGUGUGUGUGGCUCCUUAGUAUAUGUGUGUGUGGCUCCUUAGUAUAUGUGUGUGUGGCUCGUUAGUAUAUGUGUGUGUGGCUCCUUAGUAUGUGUGUGUGGCUCCUUAGUAUAUGUGUGUGGCUCGUUAGUAUAUGUGUGUGUGUGGCUCCUUAGUAUAUGUGUGUGGCUCCUUAGUAUGUGUGUGUGUGUGUGUGUGUGUGGCUCAUUAGUAUAUGUGUGUGUGGCUCCUUAGUAUGUGUGUGUGGCUCCUUAGUAUAUGUGUGUGGCUCGUUAGUAUAUGUGUGUGUGGCUCGUUAGUAUAUGUGUGUGGCUCGUUAGUAUGUGUGUGGCUCGUUAGUAUAUGUGUGUGGCUUGUUAGUAUGUGUGUGGCUCGUUAGUAUGUGUGUGUGGCUCGUUAGUAUAUGUGUGUGUGGCUCCUUAGUAUAUGUGUGUGUGGCUCGUUAGUAUGUGUGUGUGGCUCGUUAGUAUAUGUGUGGCUCGUUAGUAUAUGUGUGUGUGGCUCCUUAGUAUAUGUGUGUGGCUCGUUAGUAUAUGUGUGUGUGGCUCCUUAGUAUAUGUGUGUGGCUCCUUAGUAUAUGUGUGUGUGGCUCCUUAGUAUAUGUGUGUGGCUCCUUAGUAUAUGUGUGUGUGGCUCGUUAGUAUAUGUGUGUGGCUCGUUAGUAUAUGUGUGUGUGGCUCGUUAGUAUAUGUGUGUGGCUCGUUAGUAUGUGUGUGGCUCGUUAGUAUAUGUGUGUGGCUCGUUAGUAUGUGUGUGGCUCGUUAGUAUAUGUGUGUGGCUCGUUAGUAUAUGUGUGUGGCUUGUUAGUAUGUGUGUGGCUCGUUAGUAUGUGUGUGUGGCUCGUUAGUAUAUGUGUGUGUGGCUCCUUAGUAUAUGUGUGUGUGGCUCGUUAGUAUGUGUGUGUGGCUCGUUAGUAUAUGUGUGGCUCGUUAGUAUAUGUGUGUGUGGCUCCUUAGUAUAUGUGUGUGGCUCGUUAGUAUAUGUGUGUGUGGCUCCUUAGUAUAUGUGUGUGGCUCCUUAGUAUAUGUGUGUGUGGCUCCUUAGUAUAUGUGUGUGGCUCCUUAGUAUAUGUGUGUGUGGCUCGUUAGUAUAUGUGUGUGUGGCUCGUUAGUAUAUGUGUGUGGCUCGUUAGUAUAUGUGUGUGGCUCCUUAGUAUGUGUGUGGCUCGUUAGUAUAUGUGUGGCUCGUUAGUAUAUGUGUGUGGCUCCUUAGUAUAUGUGUGUGUGGCUCCUUAGUAUAUGUGUGGCUCGUUAGUAUAUGUGUGUGGCUCGUUAGUAUAUGUGUGUGUGGCUCCUUAGUAUAUGUGUGUGUGGCUCCUUAGUAUAUGUGUGUGGCUCCUUAGUAUAUGUGUGUGGCUCGUUAGUAUAUGUCUGUGGCUCGUUAGUAUAUGUGUGUGGCUCGUUAGUAUAUGUGUGUGGCUCCUUAGUAUAUGUGUGUGGCUCGUUAGUAUAUGUCUGUGGCUCGUUAGUAUAUGUGUGUGUGGCUCCUUAGUAUAUGUGUGUGGCUCGUUAGUAUAUGUCUGUGGCUCCUUAGUAUAUGUGUGUGGCUCGUUAGUAUAUGUGUGUGUGGCUCGUUAGUAUAUGUCUGUGGCUCCUUAGUAUAUGUGUGUGGCUCGUUAGUAUGUGUGUGUGUGUGUGUGUGUGUGGCUCAUUAGUAUAUGUGUGUGUGGCUCCUUAGUAUGUGUGUGUGGCUCCUUAGUAUAUGUGUGUGGCUCCUUAGUAUAUGUGUGUGUGGCUCCUUAGUAUAUGUGUGUGGCUCGUUAGUAUAUGUGUGUGUGGCUCGUUAGUAUAUGUGUGUGGCUCGUUAGUAUGUGUGUGGCUCGUUAGUAUAUGUGUGUGGCUUGUUAGUAUGUGUGUGGCUCGUUAGUAUGUGUGUGUGGCUCGUUAGUAUAUGUGUGUGUGGCUCCUUAGUAUAUGUGUGUGUGGCUCGUUAGUAUGUGUGUGUGGCUCGUUAGUAUAUGUGUGGCUCGUUAGUAUAUGUGUGUGUGGCUCCUUAGUAUAUGUGUGUGGCUCGUUAGUAUAUGUGUGUGUGGCUCCUUAGUAUAUGUGUGUGGCUCCUUAGUAUAUGUGUGUGUGGCUCCUUAGUAUAUGUGUGUGGCUCCUUAGUAUAUGUGUGUGUGGCUCGUUAGUAUAUGUGUGUGGCUCGUUAGUAUAUGUGUGUGUGGCUCGUUAGUAUAUGUGUGUGGCUCGUUAGUAUGUGUGUGGCUCGUUAGUAUAUGUGUGUGGCUCGUUAGUAUGUGUGUGGCUCGUUAGUAUAUGUGUGUGGCUCGUUAGUAUAUGUGUGUGGCUUGUUAGUAUGUGUGUGGCUCGUUAGUAUGUGUGUGUGGCUCGUUAGUAUAUGUGUGUGUGGCUCCUUAGUAUAUGUGUGUGUGGCUCGUUAGUAUGUGUGUGUGGCUCGUUAGUAUAUGUGUGGCUCGUUAGUAUAUGUGUGUGUGGCUCCUUAGUAUAUGUGUGUGGCUCGUUAGUAUAUGUGUGUGUGGCUCCUUAGUAUAUGUGUGUGGCUCCUUAGUAUAUGUGUGUGUGGCUCCUUAGUAUAUGUGUGUGGCUCCUUAGUAUAUGUGUGUGUGGCUCGUUAGUAUAUGUGUGUGUGGCUCGUUAGUAUAUGUGUGUGGCUCGUUAGUAUAUGUGUGUGGCUCCUUAGUAUGUGUGUGGCUCGUUAGUAUAUGUGUGGCUCGUUAGUAUAUGUGUGUGGCUCCUUAGUAUAUGUGUGUGUGGCUCCUUAGUAUAUGUGUGGCUCGUUAGUAUAUGUGUGUGGCUCGUUAGUAUAUGUGUGUGUGGCUCCUUAGUAUAUGUGUGUGUGGCUCCUUAGUAUAUGUGUGUGGCUCCUUAGUAUAUGUGUGUGGCUCGUUAGUAUAUGUCUGUGGCUCGUUAGUAUAUGUGUGUGGCUCGUUAGUAUAUGUGUGUGGCUCCUUAGUAUAUGUGUGUGGCUCGUUAGUAUAUGUCUGUGGCUCGUUAGUAUAUGUGUGUGUGGCUCCUUAGUAUAUGUGUGUGGCUCGUUAGUAUAUGUCUGUGGCUCCUUAGUAUAUGUGUGUGGCUCGUUAGUAUAUGUGUGUGUGGCUCGUUAGUAUAUGUCUGUGGCUCCUUAGUAUAUGUGUGUGGCUCGUUAGUAUGUGUGUGUGUGUGUGUGUGUGUGGCUCAUUAGUAUAUGUGUGUGUGGCUCCUUAGUAUGUGUGUGUGGCUCCUUAGUAUAUGUGUGUGGCUCGUUAGUAUAUGUGUGUGUGGCUCGUUAGUAUAUGUGUGUGGCUCGUUAGUAUGUGUGUGGCUCGUUAGUAUAUGUGUGUGGCUUGUUAGUAUGUGUGUGGCUCGUUAGUAUGUGUGUGUGGCUCGUUAGUAUAUGUGUGUGUGGCUCCUUAGUAUAUGUGUGUGUGGCUCGUUAGUAUGUGUGUGUGGCUCGUUAGUAUAUGUGUGGCUCGUUAGUAUAUGUGUGUGUGGCUCCUUAGUAUAUGUGUGUGGCUCCUUAGUAUAUGUGUGUGGCUCGUUAGUAUAUGUGUGUGUGGCUCCUUAGUAUAUGUGUGUGUGGCUCCUUAGUAUAUGUGUGUGGCUCCUUAGUAUAUGUGUGUGUGGCUCGUUAGUAUAUGUGUGUGGCUCGUUAGUAUAUGUGUGUGUGGCUCGUUAGUAUAUGUGUGUGGCUCGUUAGUAUGUGUGUGGCUCGUUAGUAUAUGUGUGUGGCUUGUUAGUAUGUGUGUGGCUCGUUAGUAUGUGUGUGUGGCUCGUUAGUAUAUGUGUGUGUGGCUCCUUAGUAUAUGUGUGUGUGGCUCGUUAGUAUGUGUGUGUGGCUCGUUAGUAUAUGUGUGGCUCGUUAGUAUAUGUGUGUGUGGCUCCUUAGUAUAUGUGUGUGGCUCGUUAGUAUAUGUGUGUGUGGCUCCUUAGUAUAUGUGUGUGGCUCCUUAGUAUAUGUGUGUGUGGCUCCUUAGUAUAUGUGUGUGGCUCCUUAGUAUAUGUGUGUGUGGCUCGUUAGUAUAUGUGUGUGUGGCUCGUUAGUAUAUGUGUGUGGCUCGUUAGUAUAUGUGUGUGGCUCCUUAGUAUGUGUGUGUGUGGCUCCUUAGUAUAUGUGUGUGGCUCGUUAGUAUAUGUGUGUGUGGCUCCUUAGUAUAUGUGUGUGUGGCUCCUUAGUAUAUGUGUGUGGCUCCUUAGUAUAUGUGUGUGGCUCGUUAGUAUAUGUGUGUGGCUCGUUAGUAUAUGUGUGUGUGGCUCCUUAGUAUAUGUGUGUGUGGCUCCUUAGUAUAUGUGUGUGGCUCCUUAGUAUAUGUGUGUGGCUCGUUAGUAUAUGUCUGUGGCUCGUUAGUAUAUGUGUGUGGCUCGUUAGUAUAUGUGUGUGGCUCCUUAGUAUAUGUGUGUGGCUCGUUAGUAUAUGUCUGUGGCUCGUUAGUAUAUGUGUGUGUGGCUCCUUAGUAUAUGUGUGUGGCUCGUUAGUAUAUGUCUGUGGCUCGUUAGUAUAUGUGUGUGGCUCGUUAGUAUAUGUGUGUGGCUCGUUAGUAUAUGUGUGUGGCUCGUUAGUAUAUGUGUGUGGCUCCUUAGUAUGUGUGUGUGGCUCGUUAGUAUAUGUGUGUGUGGCUCCUUAGUAUAUGUGUGUGUGGCUCGUUAGUAUAUGUGUGUGUGGCUCCUUAGUAUAUGUGUGUGUGGCUCGUUAGUAUAUGUGUGUGUGGCUCGUUAGUAUAUGUGUGUGUGGCUCCUUAGUAUAUGUGUGUGUGGCUCCUUAGUAUAUGUGUGUGGCUCCUUAGUAUAUGUGUGUGUGUGGCUCGUUAGUAUAUGUGUGUGUGGCUCCUUAGUAUAUGUGUGUGUGGCUCCUUAGUAUAUGUGUGUGGCUCCUUAGUAUAUGUGUGUGUGUGGCUCGUUAGUAUAUGUGUGUGUGGCUCCUUAGUAUAUGUGUGUGUGGCUCCUUAGUAUAUGUGUGUGGCUCCUUAGUAUAUGUGUGUGUGUGGCUCGUUAGUAUGUGUGUGGCUCGUUAGUAUAUGUGUGUUGCUCUCAAAUUGAGGUGAGCUCCAAAUGUUUCCUAGCACAUUAUUGAUGAUUGAUUUGUCAACUUUGGUACUUCUUGUGUCUCUUCUAUCAAGUUGGGGUUAGUUCACCUCCAUGUGCACAAUAAUAGGUUCUGCCUCCAAUUAUACGUUGCUCAUGUAAAGAUUAAUUGCAACUAUUUUGAUUAAUCACAAUAAAAUCAUUUGUUUUUCAUC